GAUCCUCACCUUUCAUUCAUGAAGAAAUAGCUAUUAUUUAUCGAAGACAAACAUAUUGGAAAUGUAAAUAUUUAGGUGUAAAUGAGCUUAAAACUCUGUUAACUAGUUGGAAGGGACAUCUACUCAAUUUGAUGAUGAAUUUCAAGGGCCAUCAGUACAAGCACGAGGAAAAACAUAAAUACAUGAACAAAUCAUGAAAGGAAAAAAGGAUCGAUACUAAGUAUUAUUAUCACAUUUAAAUUAGAGCGGAUGUAACCACACUUAUAUUGUCCAUAUAUAUAAACAGUUAACCAUGCCCCGACUUCGCAUUUCCGAGUUUUCCGGAAAACAAUUCAUAGUGCCGGCGGACGUCGACCUCCGCACAUUCAUAACCUCGACUCGGUAUAUCAUGGACUAAAAAUAAUAAAGAGUGCAUCCAUCAUCAGCGGUGAACAUGAACAUCACCAAAGUGUACACUCUUGAAGACUGGAAUGACGAGAAGGCCAAGUAUUUAACAAUUAACACAUUGGUCUUAGGAUUGUAUCUCGCUAUAGGAGUGAUGGGAAACUCUAUAGUUAUAUACGUUUAUAUUUUCCGAAUGAAAGGACAACGAGAUGACAGAUAUUUCAUACCACAUCUUGCACUGAUGGAUCUUUGCGCAUGCGUUGUUGGAGCCGGGUAUGCAAUGGCGCUAAACAUACUUCCUCUUCGAUUUCAAGGAAACGAAAUUUGCAAAAUUUUGUGGUUUGCGUCACAAGCAACAACAAUGUGUUCGGCUUUUAUGUUGGUUGUAAUUGCCAUACAACGCUACCUUAAAGUCGUCAGACCUUUCAAGAAACAAAUGACGAUACAAACCAAGCAUUUUUCGUUAAUUGCCGUCGUUAUUUUAUCCCUCUUCCUGUCGUUACCCUGUCUGAUGUUCUACGGAGAGAUUACCAUAGACAAUCCCAAUCUAAAUUUGAAAGGAUACCGGUGUGGUACAAAUCCAGAUGCUGACAGGACCGCUCUGUUCCUGUACAACGCCAUUCUGUUUGUGACAGCUGUUGGAGGACUGUUGGUAAUAAGCAUUCUUUAUAUCAUGAUCGGACGUACAAUCUAUAGACAACACAAAUUCAGACGCAGACAUAGCUCUGCCACGUCUGCUCUGAGGAGCAAAAACCGUGACUCGUUAGAGUGGAAUCCCCCGUCAGAAAGCGGAAGCGUUCAGCAGAAGAAAACGCCAAUGAGGGACAGCCUCGAUUUCGAUUCUCCCUUUCUCGAUUCCUUGACCGAUACGCCCUUUGCUCCAGUAAAGGAAGAAACCAGUCCUCUCCCUAGUCCAACUUUUCUAAGCGUUCCACUGACUACUACAGAAAAGAUCCGCAGCAGUUUAACAGAAAUGCCAAUGAAAGCUUUAAAGUCUACUAUUCCUACUGUUCGGAAACAUUUUGGAACCCAUCGGUGUUCCUGGAUGUUCAUGAUGAUAACCAUGGUGUUUAUAUUGUCGUUUAUUCCGAGGAUAACCCUAAAUGUGCUGGAGUCCGUUGAUAUGAAUUUUUGGGGGAAACUAACGGACUGGGAAAUCGCUCAUUACCUUUUCCUGUAUCGCCUCUAUCUUGUGAACAAUAUCAGCAAUCCCUUCUUUUAUGGACUUUUUGAUAGGACACUGCGUAAAGAGCUUCGGAAGACUUGCUGCUGCACACCUAGAGAACGUUAAGUGUUUAGACCUAUAACGGUAGUAUAUUUCCCGAAACUUAUGCAGUUGGGAUUUUACAUCGCAAAAAUAAUAGAAUGUUUUCGGUAUUCUGGAUAAGUGAUUCUGUGGGACGAAUAUUUGCUAAGCUCAUGCUUCGUACAGUAUUCAUUGUUACUGUCCCAUGCUUCGUAAAGUACAGUUUUAUGUACGUCGCCUUGCAUAUGCAUAUUACUAAGCCGGAAAGAUGGAGUAUGUAUCGAGUGUCUGUUGUCAUAUGACUACAGCGUAGUUCAAAACACUUCCGACAAUGUAAUAAAAAGGACUGCAGCUUGCAGAUCACGAACAAAUGUGAAAGAAAAGCGGUACAGAUCAUACAGAUGUCAUCAAUCCGAAUUUAUGUUGAACCACUUAGCUAAUUCCUCUGUCACCAUAGCCGUCAUCCAAAUUGAACCAUUACUCUCUCGCUACCGUCUUUGUCGCACCUUUGACCUAGCUCCGAGUCAUCACAGUUUAAAGCCUAAUCAUUUUGUACUAUUGUAAAUUAUCAAUGAUAAAAACAAAUAUCCCCAAUAUCAA